UACAUUGCUCUCUUUUCCCGUCAAUAACGUACCCCUCUCAUCACUCAACUAUUCACUUCAAAAGUUGAAACCUCACCCAACACCCUCAGCGCACGUUAGCACUCACCCUCCAAUUCUUCCCACACCAAAUUCUUAUAAUACGCCUCUGAUCACCACCACCCCCAAACCUCCACCCCUUGUGACGCCCACAGCGCACGUUAGCACCAUCACCCCCUUCAUCCAGGUGAUACGACGUCGUUUCACCGUCUCUCCGACGGUAUAUCAAUAUCCACGUCGGAUCCAAAAAAAAAAAAUCAAAAUUCAAAAUUCAGUUCCUUUUUAUUUCUCUUCUUAACUGACUUGAUCGGUAAUUGAGUUAAUUCAGUUAAUUAAGUCUUUGAAUUUUUCACUGAUUGAAGUAAUUAACUUUGUAUUUGAGUAAUUUGUUACUGUAUAUAGUUGUAGUUGCAUAGCUGUUAAUUUUUAGCAAGAAGAAAUUAGGGUUAGGGUUAGGGUUUUAUGAUGAUUUAACAAUGGUGAGAUUAUUGGGAUUGACACGUGGCGAGUCGACGGAGUCGCCUCGUGAGGUAACUAGAACAAUCCCAACAAGUGAAGAUAUUGGUGAAAGUGGUUGGUUAAUUCGGUUUUUUGAUUCGUCGUUUUUUUGUGAGUGGAUUGCUGUUAGUUAUCUUUAUAAGCAUGAUCAUCAAGGUGUUAGGGAUUAUUUGUGUAAUAGGAUGUAUACAUUGCCAUUAUCUGGUAUUGAGAGUUACUUGUUUCAAAUUUGUUAUAUGAUGGUUCAUAAACCGAGUCCUUCGUUGGAUAAGUUUGUUAUCGAUGUUUGUUCUAAGUCGUUGCAUAUUGCGUUGAAAGUGCAUUGGUUUUUGAUGGCGGAGUUGGAAGAUACGGAUGAUAAUGAAGGGAUAAGUAGGUUACAAGAGAAAUGUCAGAUUGCUGCUACUUUGAUGGGUGAAUGGCCACCUUUGAUAAAACCCCAAACGAGUUCGUCCAUUUCUGUGGGGAAGAAUCAGAUGCUUAAUAAGUUAUUGUCUUCAAAACAGAAGCUUUUGUCGUUGACGUCUUCGCCACCAGCUGUACAGCGGUCGUUGUCGUUUUCGGCAUCUUCGGGUGGGAGUUCGUUGCCGCAGGAUGAUGGUGGUGUUGGGAGUAAAAUAUCGUCGCCUGAGGAGAAUAAGAUUUUUAAGAAGUUGAUUCCGGGUCCGAAAGUAAGAGAUGCAUUGCUCUUCAGGAAAUCCGUGGAGAAGUCUGCAGAGAAGGGGGAUGAUGAAGAACCAGAAAAGAAUAGUUUUUUGAAGAGACUUUUGAGGGAUAGUAGGGAUGAAGACGUGAGAAAAUCAGCGGAAAAAGAUAAGGAUGAUGCAGAACCGGAGAGGGAUGGCUUUUUUAAGAGGUUUUUAAGAGAGAGUCGGGAUGAUGAUAGUAGGAAAUCUGUGGACAAAGAUGAAGAGGAGUCAGAAAAAGAUGGAUUUUUCCGCAGACUUCUUAGUAAUAGUAAAGAUGAUGAUGCUAGGAAAUCUGUAGAUAAGGAUGCAGAGGAAUCAGAGAAGGAUGGUUUCUUCAGGAGGCUUUUGAGUACAAGUAGGGAUGAUGAUGAGGAUGUGCACUCAAGUACAGAUGGAUUUUUCAAACGUAUGUUUCGUGAUAGUAAAAAUGAUUUGGAGGAUAAAGCAGGUCCCAAACCUGUUGAAGAUGAUGAAAAAGAUGGGUUCUUCAAAAAGUUUUUAAAAGACAAAUUUGAGGAGAAGAAGGAUGUAAGAGAUAGAAACGAAAUAGCUGAAAAAUCAACAAGGAGUUCUGAAGACGAUGAAAAGGAGGGGUUCUUCAAAAAGUUUUUUAAGGAAAAAUUCGAGGAUAAGAAAGAUGGUAAUGACAAGGCUGAUGAGGAUCUCAGGAGGCAUGCAAAUGGUGAGGAAGAAGAGCCUUCAGAUUUUUCAUUGUUUCGUCGAAUCUUUCGAGUGCAUCCAGAGGAUUCAAAAAUGUCAGCAGCAAAUGAAAGCAGUAAUGGUGGCAAUUUUCUUGAGAGCAGUCCUGGAACUGAGAACUUUUUCCGCAAGCUGUUUAAGGAUCGUGAUCGUUCAGUUGAAGAUUCAGAGCUUUUUGGUUCAAAAGGGAACAAAGAGAAACGUCCUGGCUCCCCAAAGCAGCAUGAGAGGUUAAAUGCAAAACCUCCACUUCCAGAUAAUGGGUUGUCACAAUUUCGGAAAGGGGCAUAUCACCAGUCACUUGAUUUUGUGCAGUCACUGAGUGAUACUUCUUAUGGAUUAGUAGAUGUGUUUCCAGUCGAUGAUCGCAAAAGUGCUCUUUGUGAGUCACUAGCGGAGAUCAAUGCACAUCUAACUGAUGCUCAAAACAGUGGAGGAGUAUGCUUUCCAAUGGGAAAGGGAAUGUAUCGUGUUCUUCACGUACCUGAAGAUGAAGCUGUUCUCUUGAAUUCAAGAGAAAAGGCUCCUUAUUUGAUAUGUGUUGAAGUAUUAAAAUGUGAAAGCCCCAAUUCAAAAGACACAUCCAACUCUCAAAAGCUGUCAAAGGGUGGGAUCCCUCUGGCAAAUGGAGAUGUUCUAUUGCCAAAGCCUCCUCCUUGGGCUUAUCCUCUGUGGACUGGACAGGAUAUGUACCACAAUGACAGGAUGUCAAGGUCUGCUUCUCAGGCCAUAGACCAAGCAAUGACUCAAUUAUGGGAUGCCAAAGUGAAGUUUGUGCGAGUGAAUUUUUCCGUGGAGAAGCAAUCAGAGUCUGCAAUAGAUCAUUGCAGCCUUGGUUCUGCUUCAGAAAGUUAUAGUCAAUGUAGAGAGGUCCCAUCUCUUCCGUUGAACUCAGAUGCUAUUGAUCCAGAAUGGGUACGGGUUGUCUUGACUGUAGAUCCUGUUGUUAGGAUGGAGGAUAUAGUGGACCAAGAACCACCAAGAAAGAAAGAGCAUCGAAGGGUUCCCAGUACAGUAGCUAUUGAGGAAGUUAAGUUAGCUGCAUUAAAAGGAGAAGCACCUCCUGGACUCCCUUUGAAAGGUGCUGGUCAGGAUUCAUCUGAUGCGCAGCCUAAGGUCUCAAAUGGUGGUCUUCCCAAGGUUAGUGAUGCACUUUCUGGAGAACUCUGGGAAGUCAAGAAGGAAAGAAUACGCAAAUGCUCUGGCUAUGGGAAAUUACCUGGAUGGGACUUGAGAUCUUUCAUUGUGAAGAGUGGUGAUGAUUGCAGACAGGAGCAUCUUGCUGUACAACUUAUCUCCCACUUCUACGAUAUCUUCCAGGAAGCUGGUCUGCCGCUUUGGUUGCGUCCUUAUGAAGUCUUAGUCACAUCCUCAUAUACUGCACUAAUUGAAACUAUUCCAGAUACGGCCUCAAUUCAUUCUAUCAAAAGUAGAUUUCCUAACAUCACAAGUCUACGUGAAUUUUAUGUUGCUAAGUAUCAGGAGAAUUCUCCAACCUUCAAGCUUGCCCAGAGAAAUUUUGUUGAAAGCAUGGCUGGAUAUUCUCUGGUUUGCUACCUUUUGCAGAUAAAGGAUCGACACAACGGAAAUCUUCUAUUGGAUGAAGAAGGACAUAUCAUACACAUUGACUUUGGUUUCAUGCUAUCUAAUUCACCUGGAGGGGUAAAUUUUGAAAGUGCACCAUUUAAAUUGACCCGCGAACUCCUUGAGAUCAUGGAUUCUGAUGCUGAAGGAGUUCCAAGCGAGUUCUUUGAUUAUUUCAAAGUUCUAUGCAUCCAAGGGUUUCUCACUUGUCGGAAGCACGCAGAGCGUAUAAUUCUUCUUGUUGAAAUGUUGCAGGAUUCUGGUUACCCUUGUUUCAAGGGUGGUCCCCGAACAAUUCAGAACCUAAGAAAGAGAUUUCAUCUCAGUUUAACAGAAGAGCAAUGUGUUUCCUUGGUACUUUCUUUGAUUAGCAGUAGCUUGGAUGCGUGGCGUACUCGACAGUAUGAUUAUUAUCAGAGGGUCUUAAAUGGGAUAUUAUGAGGUCAACUUGAGUUAUCCACGUCGUAAGGUGAUGAUAUGUGUGAAGAGAGCCGAUCAUUAACUUGUUUGCUGACGGGGGGUUUGGUUGGGGAAGAGUAAUUCACUAUAUGGAUGUGUUUCUCCGAGUCAGUCAAAGGUUAAAGGAUUGGUCUCUUUGCAGCUUGCUUCUCUUCUGAGGAAUUUGUAAUUGUACCUGCGAAUGUUGUAUGAAAUGUACCAGGUGCAAGCUCUCUUCAAGAGGAGCUUUAAUUUCUAGUUUCACUCAAUUUUCACGAUUAUCGGACAAAGGCCGGGGUUGUCUCAAGAUUCAGUGAAGAGAUUUUGUCGAGUAUACCCAUCUGUGGGUACAUACUGUACAGAGAUGUGUGUAAGAAAUGCAACAGCAGUGGCUAGCUAACAGCACACGAGAGACGGCUGUUGGGACUGUUUGGAUUGAAAUCAUGAGUUUGCUAAUAGAUUCUGGUGCAACAUGAUAUUUGGCUUGUACAAUAGCUUCUUUGUUUGAUUUUGUUUUUCAUUCUUCUUCUUUAUUUUCUUUCUUUUCCCUCUCUCUCUCUCUCUCUCUCUCUCUCCUUUUUUUUUUUUUUUUUUCCUUUUUAUUAUUGUGUCAAAAGCAUUAAUUAGAUAGCAGUAGGAAAAUUGCAGCCUGCUAUUUCUUGAUUUUCAGUCUUUGAUUCUUUGUGUUCAACGGGAGAUAUCUGAAACAGCAGAGUUGUGUAAUGUAUAAUAUUUUUUGUCGACCACAGCUCUUCAUAGUGCAAUUUGUGCAAUGAAAUACCCCCUUUUGUUUUUUA